AUGGAGAAUCAAGAAGGAUCAGGAAAUAUUCCCAGAUGGGAAAAUAUGGAUAAAGACAUACUUUCAAACAUUUUUAAGAAGCUCGACGUAUUAGACGUUAUCAUGGGAGCAUCACGAGUGUGCAUCACAUGGUUCCUUGCCUCUCACAACAAAACUAUAUGGAACACCAUCAAACUCAACGAUCUUGAUUCAAUAAUUUUGGAUAACCCUCUCUACCCUAAUCUGCAGGCUAGUGGUAGUCGAUACCAGCUGAGGAAGAUCUUAAUUGAGAUCAACAAAUUCGCCCGUACUGCCCCGAAAUCUUUUUUUUUCAACGUAUAUUGCAAUGUAGCAGAAGAGGAGCUUGCAAUCAUUUCUAAUGGGAUGCCGAACAUUCAAAAACUUGCUUUACCAAUGUGGACAUCACUAAAUAUAAAUUCAAUUCAGUCAGCCUUUAGUAAAUGGCAGAAUCUUCAAACGUUGAUUAUACACACUUUUAUGUCAAUAACGGUACGUGAAUUCUCCAGCGUUGAGCUUCAAGCCAUCGGAGAAAACUGUAGAAAUCUUACAACCGUGAAAUUUACUACUAUGUUGGACAAACCUCUCGCCAAUAUAAUUGUACGCAAUUUUCCGAGCCUCGAGCGAUUGAGCUUUCGAUGCAGUUAUGCAUGUAUAGAUGCAUCAAUAUCGCUCAUCAUUGGUCUUCCAAACCUAAAGAUGUUUAAUCUUUCACAUUGUAUUUUUAUGCAACAUACCGGAAUUGAUAAUAUGUAUAGAAUAUUAGGAAUGAGACCUAAGGACGAACUUGUACAAGCCGGCACUGAGAAGCUUGACAGGUUUAUGGUGUGUUGUUCGGACUGCACAAUUUGCCAGGACGUACGGAGACAUGAGAAUGAUCCAAACCGUUUCGCGCUCAAGUUUCGUUAUGUUCUGGAAGAACGGUGGAAAACAGAUGAGAUAAAGGAACUAGAGUUAUGA